UGCAGACACCAGGAUGUUUUGAAUCCGAGCCGUUGGUGACGUAGCUGUGCGCGCGCCAAUUCAAACAGUGGUUUGUGUGAGUGAGUGCUGGGAGACAGCGGGAUCGGAUUAUCGCUCUGACACACGGGUUACACACAGCUCGGCCAUGGAGGGACCCGCUGUACAGGAGUUGGACUCCAUGCGGUACUCGGAGCUGCAGAAACUGGCCAAGACCAACGGGCUGAAAGCCAACCUGAGGGCAGAUAAAUUGCUCAGAAGUUUGAAAGAGCACUUCCAUCCAGAGACAAAAACUGUGAAUGUUAGCACUGAUUCAGACAGUAGUGAUUCUGCUAAAGAUAUGGCUGAAUUAAAUGGCACCGAUGAUAAGGAAGAGACUGUGCCUAUAUCACAUGUUACACACAGACGUGGCAGGCGCAAAAGAUACACCUCUCCUACACUGGAAGUGAAUGACAAUACUUUGGGACCGAAGGAGUUGCAAUUGGAGGUAGAAGGUCUUAGUAAAAUGGAUAAAGAACAAAGUGAUGAAUCCAACUCUGAGAUACAGUCUGAUUCGGAAAGCAAGAAAAGAAAGCGACCUUUUGUGGAAGAGGCAAGUGAGCAGACUUCUUUGGAAACUGUAGGAAACGUUAAAGAUCAACAAACAAAAUCAGACACUUGUGCGCCACCUGGUGGGAAGAUUCCAAGAUACGCAGGUCGUUUGCCUAAACCCAGCUCCAAGCCCUCUACACCAAAUUUCAAAAGGCUGCAUGAAGCACAUUUUAAAAAAAUGGAAUCCAUUGAUAAAUACAUGGAGAGGAAGAAGAAGCGGCUCGAUGCAGUGAGCAGUUCCAUUCAAGAGGUUAAGAUGCUGGCAAAAAAAUCAAACAUUCCUGUAAGUGAGAAGACCCCAAACAACAAUUCCAAGAAGCAGUUAAAGGGAAGGCUUUCUUUAUUGAGCCCUGCACCUCGGAAGAGUAAUAUUUCCUCCGCUAAAACCCCUACAAGCCAGGGCCGAUCUGCACGCUGCAGUAUCGCCAAUAAAAGUAUCCUACUGGACAAGACUGUGUUCAAGCCAUCUGUGUUUUCAUCAUCAAAAAUGAACGUCAGGUUUUCCAUGGCAACAAAAGACAAUGAGCACAAGCAUUCUUUGACUAAAACACCUGCAAGGAAAUCUUCUGGCAUUGUGGCCGUCACUCCUGCAAGUGAAUCUAGAAAAAGCGUUCCAUUAACUUGGAAGAGCUUUCCUAUUGACACCAAUGGUCCAAAUGAUGAGCCAGCCAAAACACCUUUCAAAUUUACCGGUAUGGAGGUGGAGACUCCAAAUACUAAUAAGAAAUCAAAGUUUGACCUUCAAGCAAGCCUAGCACGGCCCCUUGGAUAUGAACCCCACAAAGGUAAACUUAAACCAUGGGUUGCUCCUAAAGAGAAUGAGUCUACCGUAAAGGCCAAUUUAUCUGUAUUAAAAGCCACGUACAAGCAGCCUCACCUUCGCACCAGGGAGGACAGGCGUUUGCAGCAGCAGGAGAACCGAAAGAAUCAGCGAGACAAAACUAUGGGUAAUCGAAGAGGGGUUGCUGUUCCAUGAAAGAAAAAACACUUUUUGUUUUCUAAAUCCUUGUAAAUAUGCUUUCUUCAUCUUUUGUUUACCCCCUGUAAAUAGUACACUUUACCCUUCUAAAACUCUGGAAUGAGAUCGGUAACCCCUAAUCUAACAUUUCCAGAAUUUAGCACUUCA